CGUCAUAGCCGGCGGCAGCUAUUUGCCGGAGGGACCAAGCAGCCCCAAACAAAUGCUUUCUAAGUUCACAGCUUUCUUCAUCUCCACCACGUCCUCCGAAGGCAGAGCCUAUUCUGACGACAAGAAUGGCAUCUCUCCAAUUUUGCAAGGAAUGCAAUAAUCUUCUCUAUCCCAAGGCGGACCAACAACGACGAGUCAUGGUCUAUGCAUGCAGAAUCUGCGCUUAUGAUGAUGAAGGAGAGAACCAAUGCGUGUACAGAAAUGAUUACUUGACUGUUACAAAAGAACAAGUUGGUGUUACGACUGACCUUGGGACUGACCCGACACUCGCUCACUCAAACCUUCCCUGUCCCGAAUGCGGGCAUGAGGAUGCGGUCUUCUAUCAGGACCAGUCAAAAAGAAAGGAGACACGCAUGAUCCUUUUCUUCGUCUGUGUCAAAUGCAAUCAUAGCUUCACGGAUCCUAGUUUGGCCAUUGAUAACAGGCCAGAUGCAGCCGGUGAUGGUUGAUCGAAGUUGUAUUUUUUUUCUCCAUAGGAACCGUGCCAUACAUGCGCUCGGUGUACAUUAGACGUAUAAAAUUUCAUUCGGCUUACUAGCGGCUGACUUUUAGGUGA